CUGGGAGGGGCAGUUCAGGGGAGGGCAGAGAUGCACAGAGAGAGAAUUCAGGACCCUUCCAUCGCCCACCUCAUCCUGUCCCAAAGAAGUCUGUCUCCAGACCCGAGUGUAGGGGUGAGGCUAGGGAGAGGAGAGUGCUUACUCCAUACCCAUCAUCAGGCAAAGGAGCUCCAGCGGUUCAAGCGUUCACUUUCCCUCAAGACGAUCCUCCGAAGUAAGAGUGUGGAGAACUUCUUCCUUCGCUCGGGCUCUGAGCUCAAGUGCCCCACCGAGGUGCUGCUGACGCCCCCAACCCCGCUGCCCCCUCCCUCCCCACCACCAGCAUCCACAGACAGCCGUCUGCCCACCCCGGCUCCCUCCCCCUGCCUGAUCCCUCGCCCCCUGGCACCGCUCAAACCAGUGAGGCUGCACAGCUUCCAGGAACACAUCUUCAAGCGGGCUAGCCCCUGUGAGCUGUGCCACCAGCUCAUCGUGGGAAACUCCAAGCAGGGCUUGCGGUGCAAGACUUGCAAAGUCAGCGUCCACCUCUGGUGCUCUGAGGAGAUCUCCCAUCAGCAGUGCCCAGGCAAGACGUCCACCUCCUUCCGCCGCAACUUCAGCUCCCCGCUCCUGGUGCACGAGCCGCUGCCAGCCUGCGCCACAAGCAAAGAGUCUCCACCCGCCGGGGCCAGCGGGAAAGUAGACCCCGUCUACGAGACCCUACGCUAUGGCACCUCCUUGGCCCUGAUGAACCGCUCCAGCUUCAGCAGCACCUCCGAGUCCCCCACAAGAAGCCUGAGUGAGCGGGACGAGCUGACUGAGGAUGGGGAAGGCAGCAUCCGCAGCUCAGAAGAGGGCCCGAACGACAGUGUGUUCACAGCCCCAGCUGAGAGUGAAGGGUCAGGACCAGAGGACAAGAGCCCUGGACAGCAGCCCCCCAGAGCCCUCCUGCGGAAGGAUGUGGGGCCCAUGUACUCCUACGUCGCACUUUACAAGUUUCUGCCCCAGGAGAACAACGACCUAGCUCUGCAGCCUGGAGACCGGAUCAUGCUCGUGGACGACUCUAAUGAGGACUGGUGGAAGGGCAAGAUUGGCGACCGGGUUGGCUUUUUCCCAGCCAAUUUUGUGCAGCGGGUGAGACCAGGUGAAAAUGUUUGGCGCUGCUGCCAACCCUUCUCUGGGAACAAGGAACAGGGCUACAUGAGCCUCAAGGAGAACCAGAUCUGUGUAGGUGUGGGCAGGAGUAAGGAUGCUGACGGUUUCAUCCGCGUCAGCAGUGGCAAGAAGCGAGGCCUGGUGCCAGCUGAUGCCCUGACUGAGAUAUGAGAGGAGCCAAGAGAACCCAGAUGCCACUCCUGCCCAUGCCCAGCCCUUGCUUCUGGCCCCGGGAGGGGAGCAGGCACCUGAACACACUUCUUCCCUCUGCUCUCUCCUGGGGGCCACUCACCAUGGCUUGGGAGGCUUCUGUACUAAGGAAGGUCUUAUUUCUUGAGUGGGGUGCCCUGAAGGGGUGUCUUGUCUGGGACUUGGGGGUGGGGGAGGAGAAAAUGGGAAGGAAUGGGGAAGCUCCAGGUAGGUCCACUCAGGGCCCAGGUACCCCCAGUCCAGUUUCCAUGCCGAGUCCAGCCCUGGGGGCGUUCCUGGGUAACGACCCUGCUGCUGCUUCCAGAGAGCCGUCCCCACGCCAGCACUGCCUUUGCAUGCCUGACACCCCCUCUCCCACAGAGCCUCUGCUCUGGUCUGUGUGUGAGCACCCCUGGCUGCCCUUUGGGAAGUGGGUACAUGGGAAGGUGCCUUCCUGGGUCCCACAGUCACCAUUCCGGGUUGGGAUGGGAUGCAGGGCUGCGGGAGGAUCCCAAAUCUGCCUCCUGGCCCCACCAUCACUGUCACUCCAUCAAUUCUCAGGAAAGCUCUGUGGGAAUCUCUCCCAUUACUUGAAACCUGGGCAGACAGAGGAGGGGAGGGCAGAGGUCAGGGAGGGUGUGGCACAUCAGAGAUUGUCCCCUCCAAGAGAACUAUCGCCCCAGAGUAGCCUCCUCCUACGCCCGUCCACUGGAAAAGGAUGCCCAAGAGCAGCCUGACUUUGUUCCCAUCUGAGAACAAAAAAAUUAAUCCAUGCUUGGCCAAAACACUGCUCACUGUCAGGACUAAAACCCCCAGUGCCAGCGCCAAUGAGCCAGGGGAGCCCGUGUGUCUCAGUUCCUGCCCAGGCCUCGCUUGCUGGGCACGCCCACCCCAGCAGCCCCACCGUCUGGUCUGGGCUGACCUCGCAGUGUCCCUUCCUCUCACCCCCUUUCUCCGGGCUCUGCUGGGGGUAGGGCUGCUGUUGCAAGGACCCCUUUUCUGGCUGUAUCAGCAGCCUUGUCCUGGACAGAGAGGACCCUGGGAGGAAGAGGGAGUGGGAGACAGAAAAUGAAAGUGGAAAUUCUGUUUGGUCACCAGGAAAGGAAGGGGGUAGGCACCCUGGAGUGGGGUGCAGUGGACAAAGAGGACUCCUCCCUUGCAGGUUGCUUUUCUCUGGUGCCAUCCUCCCUCUUCCCCCAAGCUCA